AUGGAGGAUAGCUACCUGUGGGGCAAGAUCCAGAACUACUAUGGCGAGACAAAGUACAAUGGAACACCGCAAUCAAUCCAAAAUGACAGGACAAUAAUGGGAAAACCGUUCAAGCGAUGGUACAUUGCCCCCGCUGCCAUGGUCUUCCAGGCCAUCUGCGGAUCUGUCUAUGCCUGGUCCGUCUUCAACCUCCCCAUCGACUUUGCCAUCUACGGUUCCGAUCAGAAAGUAGCACCAAUCACGUUCUACAUUAACAUUGGAUGCCUCGGACUGGCUGCUUCCUUGCUUGGUCCCUGGCUGGAACGGCACGGACCUAAGAAGGCUGCCAUCAUAGGAGGAACUCUCUUCUGCAUUGGACACUGGAUCGCGGCCCUUGGCAUCCACCUCAAGUCCAUGUCUUUGGUCUUUUUUGGAUACGGAGUCGUUUCAGGUCUUGGUCUUGGACUCUGCUACAUCAGUCCUAUCUCGGCGUUGCAGAAAUGGUUCCCGGAACGUAAAGGAUUUGGAGCAGGUCUCUCUGUCUGUGGAUUCGGAAUUGGAGGAUUGAUCUGUGCAAAGAUCCCCCUCCCCCUCAUCAGCGCCAUUGGGCUCACCAAGACAUUUGUCGUCAUCGGGGCAGUCUACUGGGUCAUUCUCAUGUUCUGCGCCGUCGUCUUCCGUUUCCCACCACCCGAACGUAACAGGAUCCGUGGGCCUAUUUAUAGGAACGGGACCCUGUUUAUUACGCGCAAACAGUUGAAGUACUCGUCGGGCCAUGAGGCUGAAAAGUCGAUCCCGCCCUUGGGAGGCACGGUGGGGGAUGGGAAGAUCCCCGGGUUGGGUGGUGGUGGGAGUAUUGGAGGGAAUGCGUAUGGAGGUCCAGGACAUGGAGUUGCGCAGAAUCGGAUUGUGUUUGAGCCGGCGAUUGAUUUGACGUUGAAGGAGGCCUUGACGACGUAUGAGUACCUGGGGAUGUACUUGAUGUUCCUGGCGAAUCUGGUGUCGGGCUUGGUCAUCCUUUCGCGUCUGGCAGAUAUGUGUAUUAAUGUGUUUGAUAAGUCGGCCGAUACUGCUGCCACGGUUGUGGCGAUCAAUGGUGGAUUCAACUUUGUGGGAAGACUAAUGUUCUCGUCAUUGUCGGAUGUUAUUGGACGCAAGCCGAGUUAUUUGGUCAUGUUGGGAACUCAAGUUGUUAUCCUGGCUGUCUUGCCGUUGAUCUUUUUGACAAAGAACUAUUGGGCGUUCCUGUUGGCGAUCUGGACAUUGACCUGUGCCUACGGAGGCGGCUUCGGAACCAUCCCGGCUUUCAUCCACGACCUCUUUGGCGUCAACAAUAUCUCGGGACUCCAUGGAAUCCUCCUCACGGCUUGGAGUAUCGCCGGUGUCGGAGGUGGUAUCCUCUUCACACUCAUCUAUAACCACCUCAUCCGUGUCCGGGGCUACACUGCCGCAUCACCCGAGGUCUACAACGCCAACUUUUAUUGGCUUAGUGCCUGUGCGGCGUCUGGGUUUUUGGUCCUCUUGUUUGUCCGCUCGACGGUCAAGGAUCGGUUGCUGCCCAAGGUUGGAGGAGAAGUGACACGAAUGCGUAUCUUUGGACGCAUUCUGCGGUUUGAGAAGACUGGGACGUUCAAGUUCAAGCUGAAGUACUUGAAGCCCGAGGAGGAAGAAAAGGAGUGGACCUCUUUCUGGAAGAACAUCAAAUACCAUGAGGAGACAACAGUAGUAACAACAACAGGAUCCAUGGGCGACGUCAUGGGCGGCACAGAACGCGACCGCGGUAUGAUCAACAACAAUAAUACCGGUGUAGGGGUCGGGAAUAUGAACAUCGACACCUCCUCCCGCGGUGGCCUCCUUGGUGGUAUCGGUAUCGGUAUCGGAGGAAACGGUGGAGGUGGAUCCCCAGGGUCUGCCAACAAUGGGUCCCCAGGUCCUUCGGGGACGAGCGAGAUUUCGCUAUUGAGGGGUGAUGCGUCGAUGCCGCCUAGGAUCGAGACUCCCGUCCCGGCUGCGACGAUUAGUGGGACGAGCACUUUGAGGAAUGAUUUUGGUGGUGGAGUACCACGUAGUGAUGUCCGUCUUGACAUGCCUUGA